UAUAGAGUUGGUUUAAGCUGUCCAAAACUUGGUAGCAAAAUCACCAUUAGCCAUGGACUACAAACUCUUCUUCAUCAUAUUAUCAAUAGCUCUUGGCCUUGCUGCAAUGCAGACUAAAGCAGCUCCUAAAGAUGCUCUCAUCACAUCCCUUCCAGGCUUCAAUGGUACAUUCCAAUCAAAACACUACUCUGGGUAUGUGACUCUGAAAGGUAAGCCUCAUCAUCAGUAUCUUUUCUACUACUUUGUUGAAUCGGAACGAAAUCCAUCCAAAGAUCCUGUGGUUUUGUGGCUCAAUGGUGGACCUGGAUGCUCUAGCAUGGAUGGAUUUGUCUAUGAACAUGGGCCAUUCAAUUUUAAAGCUGGAAAGACACAUGGUACCUUGCCCACAUUGCAUAUCAAUCCUUAUAGUUGGUCCAAGGUUUCAAACAUCAUCUAUUUGGAUUCUCCUGCUGGUGUUGGCUUCUCUUACUCUAAAAGCACUAAUCUUUAUGAAACAGGCGACCUCGAAGCAGCUUCAUACACACAUAAGUUUCUUCUCAAGUGGUUCAAAAAGUUUCCAGAGUUCAUUUCAAAUCCAUUUUAUAUAGCUGGAGAAUCUUAUGCUGGAGUUUAUGUACCUACUCUUGCUGCUGAGAUAGUGACAGGAAAUGGUAGUAAUGGAACAAGUCCUAUAAUCAAUCUCAAGGGUUACAUGGUUGGAAAUGGAGUCACUGAUCAGAGUUUUGAUGAUAAUGCUCUUGUCCCAUUUGCACAUGGCAUGGGACUAAUAUCAGAGGAAAUAUUCGAGGAAGUUGAUGCUGCUUGUGGAGCAGAUUAUCACAACCACCCCAGCGAACACUGCUCGAAAAUGCUUAACAAAGUUUUCGAUUCUCUUGUUGGUCUCAAUGUGUAUGAUAUACUUGAGCCUUGCUUCCAUAACUCAAAUGGGGAAGAGGAUUUAAAUAAAAACAAGAGCCUGCCAAGUAGUUUCAAACAACUAGGGAAAACAGACAAGCCUCUUCCUGUGAGAAAAAGAAUGUUCGGUCGCGCUUGGCCUUUUCAGGCACCAGUAAGAGAUGGAACUCUUCCAUCAUGGCCUGAGUUGAUCACCAAUGUUGAAGUUGAGUGCAUUAAUGAUAGAGUUGCAUCAGCUUGGCUAAACGAUGAAAAAGUCAGGAAAGCAAUCCAUGCUGGAGCGGAAAGUGAGAUAGGUGAGUGGGAGUUGUGUUGUGAUGAUUUAUCUUAUGAUCAUGAUGCUGGAAGUAUGAUCCCUUAUCAUAAAAACUUAACAAGUCUUGGUUUUAGAGUACUCAUAUUCAGUGGAGACCAUGAUAUGUGUGUACCAUACACAGGGAGCCAAGCUUGGACAAGAUCACUUGGAUAUAAGACUGUAGAUGAAUGGAGGCCUUGGAGUUCAUCAAUUGACCAAGUUGCAGGUUAUGUACAGGGAUACGACAACAACCUCACCUUUGUCACCAUAAAGGGAGCUGGGCAUACUGUUCCUGAAUACAAGCCAAGGGAGUCAUUAGAUUUCUACAGUCGUUGGUUAGAAGGAAGACCAAUAUGAGUGAUAUCAUAUUAUGGACUAAUAAUACUAUGGUUUCCUUUCUUUGAGUUUAUAAAUGAGGAAGAAAAUGUAAUAAUAAAAUAAAAACAUUGCUCCAUUAUUGAUUACUAUAAUGGUAGGUACUAUUAAGUAACCUUAUUUUUAUUAUUAUUCCAAAAUAAAUAGUCUUA